AUGUCGCUCUUUCGAACUUUCCCCGUUCUCCUCCUCGUCACGUUAUUCUUUCUUUUGAUUGUUUUGUAAGUGAAAAUUGAGGAAUGCAUACGAUCUAAAUCUGAUUCCAGAAUAGUUUUUGAUGCGGAUACCAUUCCUACAGGACUGAGUAGACGAUUACGGUACAAAUGUUCGGUGCAGAUGCCAUCGGAGGAGUUGGAGUUCAAUCUGAACGAUUAUAAAGUGAAAACCUUCCGUGGGCAUGUGUCGAUGGCCCAGUUAAAUGAGAAAGUACGGAAAGAAAACAUGUCUGAAAUAGAAGGGUAGUUUAGGUUUAUAAAAAGUUCGGAUACGAGAUCGUUCGUCCCACAUUUCCCGUUCCAACUCUCCGAAUGAUUGACGAACCGACUUGCGAAAUGGUAUUCUUCGAGUGGCUUAGAAUAUCAGAAGAACCGCAGCCUGAAAUUCCUCCAGAAGAAAUUCCGACAGGACGAGAGAAUGAGUUCCUUCUCAAUAAUUACACCGCUCUUGACAAAGUACGUUCAUUCACAGUUUCAUCUUCAAAAAAAACUUCAACUUGCAGUGGUACUUGAAUGACAAGAAUUCGAAAAAAGGGGAAAAACCGAAGAACUGGGACACGUUGUCCGAAUUGAUUAGGAAGCCGAAAGAGAAGUUGGCAGGAUUGGCAUACGGAGCAGACGGCGUGUCCGUGUACAAUGCGAUGAACGCCCAUCGGUUGGACGGGCAGAAUGGAGUGGUGAUCGGAAGUAUGCAGCCGUGGGUCGAACUGACUGCGCUCAGGAACGGUUUGACGCCUUUUCUCGUUUUGAUUCCGUAAAAGUGAACGUUUGCAGGUGCCUCAAAAGUUCUGACCGUGGAGUACAAUAAACUGGAGAUCCAGAAGGAGUUUAGAGAUCGAAUGUCUUCAAUCCUCCCCGUCGACUUUGUGAAAAACUGGCAAAAGUACGCGGGGACCUUUGAUUUCGCCGCUUCGUUUUCUUCCAUCGAACAUUCUGGAUUGGGACGGUACGGAGAUCCGAUCGAUCCGAUUGGAGAUUUGAGAGAAAUGCUCAAGAUCAAGUGCCUUCUCAAGCCGGGAGGUCUUCUGUUCCUCGGAGUUCCACUGGGCACAGAUGCUAUCCAGUUCAAUGCUCACCGCAUUUACGGCUCCGUCCGUCUCGCCAUGCUCAUCUACGGAUUCGAAUGGAUCGGCACGUUUUCCGGGACGAACGAGGCGCCGUACGACCUGAAUUCGGCGCGUCUCCACGAGAAAGGAGUCUUCCAAAUGAAGCAGCAAACUUUGGUCCUUCGAAAGCUUUGA